UCUUCAAAUAUUCACAUUAAACAAAUUAUGGAUUUCACAAGAUUUGCUUACUUUGCGGUACUCUUAACCGUGUACAUUGGCACAGCUCAGGCAUAUAAUAGCAAAAAUAAUGGUCUCGGGUUUUUCCCAAACUUGCUCUCUCCUCAACUGAUAAACAGACAGACGUACAACUCUUAUGUUUAUCCGAACACCGUUCCAGUACCAAACUAUAUUAAACCGGUGCAACCGUUUUUUCCCGCAGCCAUGACAGCCACUUCGUACUAUGCACCGGCUCCUAAAAUAAUGUAUCCAGCACUUAUGCCGCUCGGAGUUUCCAGGUUUGGGGCAUACCCAGUUCAUGCCGGACAUACAGCUUAUAAGCCAUUCAAUAACCACCAAGAUGUUGUAACAAAAUCUGUGCUUACCUCUGUAAUUUUGUCAGAAAUUUUACGCAGGAUAUAAAACUUACGAAUGACUGAAAGAUG